AUGAUAACAGGUGGGACAUCCGGCAUCGGGUUCGCAAUAGCAGAGAGAUUCCUCCAAGAAGGCUCAGAACGAAUCAUCAUAGUUGGCCGAUCUUACGAACGACUUCUAAAUGCUGCUGUUCGACUAGAUGACUAUACAUCUUCAGUCAAUAGCGGACUGAAGCCCAGGAUACCAAAAGAAGAGCACCCAAAGCAAGACCCAGCAACGGGAACUCCCCAGCCAAGACAGGGCACAUUAGUUUCCACAUCAGAUAGAAUCAGCUUACUCGUGGGCGAUGUAUCAGACACAAGGUCAUGGAUGCGAGAGUUAGAAAAGGCGAUGCAACCGGUCGACAUUCUUGUCAAUGCGGCUGGAAUCUCAGUAUCCAAUAUUCUUCCAAAGACCGAACCAGUCGAAAUCUCCCACAUUUUACGCACAAACCUUGAGGGAGCUAUGCUAACCUCGCGCGCUCUACUUCGCGCCUCGAUCCGCAAUCGAAUCAGAAACCGCAGUGCCAACGGCGAAUCCGACCCCGCCAAAACUUCAAGAUGUAUCAUCAACAUCUCUUCCCUACUUGCACUCAAAGGGGGGAACUGGGGCGUCGUUCGUUCGAAUGCUAUUAUUCCGGGGUACAUUGAGACGCCGAUGACUGCAGACUUUGGCCAAGGUGAAACAUCUCGACUGAAAGACAGCAUCCCUUUACAACGCUUUGGUCUUCCUCAUGAAGUCGCAGAUGCAGCCGUGUUUCUGGCUCGAAAUGAGUAUGCUAAUAAUUGCGUGGUGAAUCUUGAUGGGGGAUUGAGUGCUGUGUGA